AUUGUAUUUUUACAAACGUUGGUUCGCUUAAAACAGGACCGUGAGAACACAAACCGGACCUAAUGAAAAAUACAACAAAGUAGCAAAUCAUCCUCUCAUUCGGACCAAGCAAACGGACUAAGUGUGAAGUUAUUCAAUGCCCCAAAAAACCGCAACAAUCUAACUGAUUACGUCAUUUAGCGGUUUUCUGCCAAUCCUCUAGGCAUGAUGACACGGGAGGCUCCAGACUGCAGCCAUACCCAACUCAAAUCGUCUGAAGACGUUUUCUAAAGAAGAAGAGCGAGUUGCAGAUGGAUUGUUCAGAAAAGCAGAAGGGCUCUAUGCGGGUGCUGGUGACUGGAGGCACAGGCCUGGUGGGCAGGGCUAUAGAGCGCGUCGUCAAUGAGGAAGAAGGAAUUAAGGAGGCAGAGCAGUGGGUCUUCCUCUCCUCCAAGGAUGCCAACCUCAUGGACUUCCAGGAGACGCUGGCUGUUUUCCAGAAACACAAGCCUACCCAUGUCAUCCACCUGGCUGCCAUGGUUGGUGGCCUCUUCAAAAACAUGAGGGCCAACCUGGACUUUUGGAGGAACAAUCUCCACAUAAACGACAACGUACUGCAGGCAGCCCACGAGGUGGGUGUGGUCAAGGUGGUGUCCUGCCUCUCCACCUGCAUCUUCCCUGAUAAGACCACAUACCCCAUCGACGAAACCAUGAUCCAUAACGGGCCUCCUCAUCCGUCCAACUUUGGGUAUUCCUACGCAAAGAGAAUGAUCGAUGUCUACAACUGUGCGCAUGCAGAGAAGUAUGGGAGUCGCUACACGGCAGUUAUCCCAACGAAUGUGUUUGGUCCCCAUGACAACUUCAGCAUUGAGGAUGGACAUGUAUUGCCAGGCCUCAUACACAAGGCCUUUAUAGCACAACAGGAAGGAAGUCCGUUGACAGUGUGGGGCUCAGGCAGUCCCAGAAGGCAGUUCAUUUACUCCUUAGAUUUGGCCCGUCUUUUUCUGUGGGUUCUGAGAGAAUACAAAGAAGUGGACCCAAUCAUAUUAUCUGUUGAUGAGGAGGAUGAGCUGUCUAUCAAGGAAGCAGCCGAGUCUGUUGUCCAAGCCCUGGGGUUCAAGGGAGAAGUAGUUUUUGACACCAGUAAAUCAGACGGUCAGUUCAAAAAGACAGCCAGCAAUGCCAAGCUGCGACGCUACCUGCCCGACAUCAAGUUUACGCCGUUCAAUCAAGCUUUGAAGGAGACAUGUGACUGGUUUGUAGCCAAUUACGACACAGCUCGUAAGUGACGGUCAAUGCUGCCAAGUUGGGUACUGUAGAAAGGCAGAACGUAUGAUGAUUGUCUGUACUGAAUGUACCUCAAUGUUGAUGCGGUCUCGCUCAGGUACCAUAACCCCUAUCAAUGAGCUCCUUUACAGAUCAGCAAGACAUUUGUAAUUUUCCUCUGUAACGUCCUCUGUCUACACGCCAUAGAACAUACAUUAGUCAAGUUUUCAACAUGUUUCAUGAUAUACAUGCCUUCAAUUAGGUUGAUUAUAUUACUGUACAUAUGUGGUAGGGGUGGGAAUUUUUUGAUACCUCACGAUUCGAUUAAAAAUCGAUUCAUGAGUAUUUAUUUUAAAUUAAAAAAAAUCUUUGAUUUUUGAAAUGUCUGAAUCGCUAGAAGACUGAAUCUAUUUUUUCCCCCACCCCUAAUAUGUGGUGGGCAAUCUCUAAUGGUCAUACUGGAUAUUUUUCAGUUGUGGGCUGUGGUUUUUGUAUCCAUUUUGUUAAAUCAUGGACCGGGAAAAAAUAAAGAAAUUUGUUUUA